GGGGCGCGGGCCGGGGCGCCAUGGGCAACCUGUUCGGCCGCAAGAAGCAGAGCCGGGUCACCGAGCAGGACAAGGCCGUGCUGCAACUAAAGCAGCAGCGGGACAAGCUGAAGCAGUACCAGAAGAGGAUCACUCAGCAGCUGGAGAGGGAGCGGGAGAUCGCGAGGCAGCUCCUCCGGGACGGGAAGAAGGACCGCGCCAAGCUGCUGCUCAAGAAGAAGCGGUAUCGGGAGCAGCUUCUGGACAAGACAGAGAACCAGAUCAGCAGCCUGGAAACGAUGGUCCAGAGCAUUGAGUUCACCCAGAUUGAAAUGAAGGUGGUGGAAGGGCUGCAGAUUGGAAACGAGUGUCUGAAGAAGAUGCACCAGGUGAUGUCCAUAGAAGAAGUGGAGCGGAUACUGGAGGAGACCCAGGAAGCCGUGGAGUACCAGCGGCAAAUAGAUGAACUAUUGGCAGGAAGCUUCACUCAGGAGGAUGAAGAUGCCAUCCUGGAGGAGCUGAAUGCAAUUACUCAGGAGCAGAUAAAGCUCCCAGAGGUUCCUUCGGAGCCCCUUCCCACAAAGGAACCAGAAAAAGUCCCCAUCAAGGCCAGGCCCAAGCAGGUGGACCUGGUGGCAGCCUCCUAACUGGCCUCUUUGCAUGGGACUGGCAGGGACUCCCCAGAGACUGGGGCCCACAGAGUUUGGGUGCGUGGCCAGCCCUGACCCGGCUCCCAGGAGGCCGGCGCCAGGCCAGGCCGGUCAGGUGCUGACGGCGCAGCGUGGCGCACACAGGGCUUGAUACCAGGAUGACUCUACGGAGCGUUGCCCUGGCGCUGCUGUCUUGCUCUCAUUUCUGGAUUAAAUGGCAACAUUUGGACCCUCCAGCCAACACAGCUCUGACGCUGUGGUUCCCACGCGGCCACAGGCAGGCCCAACGCUCCUGGUGCCGGCACACUCCUGUCCCUGGCCCCGUGAGGCUCCACGGCUGCCUUCUCUGCAGCCCGCUCUCCGUUUGGAGGGCGCGUCGAGCCUAGCUUCCUUGCCCUUCCUUCCCUCGCUUCUUCCUGCUGCUCCCGACGGCGGCCCGGCAGCACAGUGGAAGAGUCCCUGCCUUGGCCUGGCUUCCUGACCUGCCCAGUUUCCACGUCGUUUCAGGGCUGGAAACCUCUCCUCUUCUGUGUCGGCGUUCUGGGGCGUCGGGCUGGUCGGGGAGGACGCACCCCUGCUGGAUUGGUGGCUGCAGGACCACCGAACAGUCCCCGUCACAUGCGGCUGUGCACGCAGAGGCGGCCCCACCACAGAGGGACGUCCCGGGGAGCCAGCGGUCUCACUGGAGUCCCCGGAGGUGCUGACGGGGUCUGCUCUGGUGGCCGCGGCCCUGCUGCCUGGGACCCUGCCGAGCACCCCGGGCUCUCUGACCCGCCGUCUCUGAGUCAUCAGCUGCAGGGCAGAGGCUGUGGAGGGUGGUCGCGGCUCCCUAGUUGACGGUUCAUCUUGGUUUCAGACAAUCCCAGUGACACGUCCCUCCCAACAAGAACAGAAAGGGGACCCUCCCAGCCCCUCAAACAGGUCAGCCCCCUAUUAAAGUCGAUGCCUGCAUGGUC